GAGAGCAGAGCCGGCUGCCAGCCGCACCUCCUGUGGCUCAGAGGGGCCCUCACUCACUCCAGCUGCUUAGGGUAUCAUCACCAUGUCUGCCCCAGACAAAGGAGGCCGGGAUCCUCCCAAACCCAAGGGCAAGACCCUGGGGAGCUUCUUCGGGUCUCUGCCUGGCUUCAGUUCUGCACGGAACCUGAUGGCCGGCGCCCACAGUUCAGCGAAAGAGGCCCGGCCCGUCGCAGAUCCCACAGGUGCCUCUGCCCAGCCCCAGACUGAGGCAGCCACCAACCUGGACCCGACGGAGCGUGGGGAGAAGCUGCCGCCGCCUUCGGAUAAGAUGAUCUCUGGGGCAAAGGACCUGGUGUGCUCUAAGAUGACCAAGACCAAGGGUGCCAUCUCCUCCGGGAUGGCCAACAUGGUGGACACAGCUAAAGGUGUGAUGCAGGGAGGCCUAGACAUGACCCGGUCUGCACUCAUGGGCACCAAGGAGACCGUGGCCACUGGGGUCACAGGUGCAGUGGAUGUGGCCAAGGGUACUGUCCAGACUGGCCUGGAUACCACCAAGACUGUUGUCACAGGCACCAAGGACACUGUGUGCAGUGGGGUGACCAGUGCCAUGAAUGUGGCCAAAGGAGCUGUCCAGACUGGCAUGGACACCACCAAGACCGUCGUGACUGGCACCAAGGAUACAGUGUCCACUGGGCUCACUGGGGCAGUCAAUAUGGCCAAGGGCACCGUCCAGACUAGCCUGGACACCUCAAAGACCGUCCUGACUGGCACCAAAGAUGCAGUGUCCACUGGGGUAACAGGGGCAGCAAACAUGGCCAAGGGAGCCCUGCAAACUGGGCUCAAUACGACCCAAAACAUCGUCACAGGCACCAAGGACACCAUGUGCAGUGGGGUGACCGGUGCCAUGAACGUGGCCAAAGGAGCUGUCCAAGGAGGUCUGGACACCUCAAAGACUGUCCUCAUGGGCACCAAAGAUGCAGUGUCCACUGGGGUGACAGGGGCAGCAAACACGGCCAAGGAAACCCUGCAAACUGGGCUCAGUACAACCCAAAACAUUGUCACAGGCACCAAGGACACUGUGUGCAGCGGGGUGACCGGUGCCAUGAAUGUGGCCAAAGGAGCUGUCCAGACUGGCAUGGACACCACCAAGACUGUCCUCACGGGCACCAAAGAUGCAGUGUCCACUGGGCUCACUGGGGCAGUCAACAUGGCCAAGGGCACCGUCCAGACUGGCCUGGACACCACCAAGACCGUUGUGACUGGCACCAAGGAUACAGUGUCCACUGGGCUCACUGGGGCAGUCAACAUGGCCAAGGGCACUGUCCAGACUGGCCUGGACACCACCAAGACUGUCCUGACGGGCACCAAGGACACCGUGUGCAGUGGUGUGACUGGUGCCAUGAAUGUCGCCAAAGGAGCUGCCCACACUGGCAUGGACACAUCAAAGGCCAUCCUGACUGGCACCAAAGAUGCAGUGUCCACUGGGCUCACCGGUGCAGGGAGUGUGGCCAAAGAGGCAGUGCAAACCGUCCAGAAUUGGUUACCCGGUACCCAGGACAGUGUCUGGAGUGGACUCACCAGUUACAGAGCCCCAGGCAAUGGCAGGGAACAGGCCAUCCUGAGACCCCAGGAGGCUCUGUCCUCUGGGUUCUCCAGUGCCCCGGACACUCUCUGCGCAAGCCUGGACCUUGCCAGGGAAGCCACUGCUGUGGCAACAGGCACCCACGGGGCCCCCCUGGGCAGGGAGAAUGCAGGACAUGAAGGAGCCAUGAGCUUCGUGACUCUGCGGGACGAGCUGGGGGAGCUGGGGGAGAUCUUCUGCCCCAUGGAUGCCGGGGAGCAAGCUCAGCUUGCUGCCUCCGAACCUGGGCCAAAGGUGCUCACGGCUGACCGCGGCAGCUACUUCGUGCGUCUGGGCGACCUGGCUCCCCGCUUCCGGCAGCGGGCGUUUGAGCACGGCCUGAGCCACCUGCAGCACGGCCAGUUCCAGGCCCGGGCUGCGCUGGCCCAGCUGGAGGAGUCCUUCGAGCUGAUUGAGAAAGCCAAGCAGGCUCCAGAAGGCCAGUCACGGGCGGACCAGGGGCUGAGCAGCAGAGUGGAGGAAGGUGCUCCCCAAGAGGUGCUGGACUCCAGGGCUCUGUCCAGGGCCUGCGGCCUCAUCCAGCAGCUGCACGUGGCCUACAGCACCCUGGCCUCCAGCCUCCAGGGCCUCCCCUCUGAGCUCCAGCAGCAGGUUGGGCGGGCGCGCCACGGCCUCUGUGAGCUCUACGGCCUCGUCUCCUCGGCCAGUUCCGUGGGAGAGCUGCCGGCAGAGCGCCUGGCCCAGAGCCGCGGGGCGGUGGGCCAAGCCUGGCGGGAGCUGGAGCAGAUGCUGGAGAGUGUGCAGCACGGCCCGCCGCUCUGCUGGCUCGUGGGGCCCUUUGCCCUGCACCCCACUGGGCAGCAGCUGUAGGUCCCUCCUGCCCACAGAGCCCUCUGUAGAGCCUUCUCCCCAGCCCCAAACCAGCUCCCAACUCCCCGAAGGUCUGGACUCUGCCAGCUGGUGCUGCUUGGCACCCACGGGGGCACGGAGGGCUUUUGAGUCUGGCCAUGCCACGCACCCAGCUCUGGCCCCGCCUAUGCCGUCCACCCUUUCUUCCCAAGCACCGCCGGGCCUUCUCCUGGCCUAGGCGCCCCGGGCUGCGCAGACGGCUGACAGAGGGCCUUCCCCGGACGGUCUCAAGCAAGCCCUCCGA